AUGCUGGCGAGUGAUCCAACCAAUGUUGUGUUCAGUGUUCAAGCCUCCCCUUGCAACCUAUCAACACCUUUAGAAUCUUAUAAACAAAGCCUUAAAAAACGAUGUCGCUAUUUGUGUACCGAAGUUGAAAAUCACUGCGAAGAGUUGAUGAGCAGCGAUGUUUGGCCAGAGUUCCUCACCUGCGACAACGAUGACAUCUUCGGGGACAAAGACUGCGUGGAUCCUUUGGAGAGCUUCGAGUGGAACGACGAGAGCGAGUGUCCUGAGUACAUGGUUCCAUCAUCGAUCCCCACCGAUGCCAUAGCAGAGUUUCCGGGCUGCAGAAUGGGUUGUCACGACCCCUUCUACUCGGACGAGGAGCACCUUCAGAUGCGUGUUACCAUCUUCUGGUUGUCGACAAUCUGCGCUGGGGUCAACAUCCUGUCAAUCUUGACCUACUUGAUCAACUGGAAGUCGGGAACCUACCCAGACCGCGCUCUAUUUAAUCUCAACUGGUGCUCCUUGCUCUUCUGCGCCGGGUGGCUCCUCCAGUUCUUCCCGUUCUCUACCGAAGACAUAGUCUGCAACUCAGACGGCUCACCGAGGACAUCUCAGUCUUGGUCGACAUUGAACACUUCCCGUGACCUGCCUUGUCUGGUCACCUUCACCCUGAUCUACUACUCGAUGAUGGCUAUGGCUAUGUGGUUCUUGAUCCUCUCCUUCAUCUGGUUCAUGAAGUUUGAAGCUAUCAACCGGAAGUCUGAUAAAAUCAGCGGUCUGUUUGAUGUUAUUGGCUGGUGGGUUCCUCUGUUCGCUACUUUUUUUAUGAUAUCCUUCGGACUUAUUGAUGGCAUCAGCAUCACUGGAUUGUUCAACGGAAUGUCCCAGGAAAAAUCCUUGAAAAAUUACAUCAUGUACGGAUCAAAAUUUAAAACAUUUAAACGCAUCAAAAAAUUUCGAACACUUUCACAAAAGUAUUUUAAUUCAGGUGUAAGAUUUUCAACACCAUCGGCGAAAAUAAUGAGUGUUCAUUGGAACAAUCCAAAUUGGUGGGAAAGCAGUUGCAAAUUCUGGCCAUGUUUUCUAUGGGUAUUGCAGCUAUACAAUGCUAGUUUGGACCAAGUCUGCUGUCCAAUCCUGGAAAAAUCUUUUCAGCUCGAUUUUCGGAAAAGAAAUUAA